AUGGUCUCCGACAUCAAGGCUCUAAGGGACGAGUUCCCUGCCCUGCAGCAGAAGCAGGUGUUCUUCGAUAAUGCAGGUGGAAGCCAAAUUCUAGGUGCCGCCGCUGACUCGAUACGGGACUAUUUGAUCACCACGAAUGUGCAAAUGGGUGGUACGUAUGGAUGCAGUCAGACAGCAGCACAGAAGGUCGGCAAAGGGUAUGAGGCCGGUGCGCGAUACAUCAAUGCACUGCCAGAUGAAGUCGUCUAUGGCGCUUCUUCAACUCAACUUCUUCGCAACCUCGCACUCAGCCUUACAUUCGCAGAAGGCGACGAAAUCAUCGUAUCUACACUCGACCAUGAAGCCAAUAUCGCUCCAUGGCUAGAUCUCGCAGAGCGACAGGGACUAUAUGUCAAGUUUUGGAAUCCGGAAGGCCAAGGUAACAACCCAAAACUCACAGUCGAUAACCUUCGACCUCUCCUGUCAGGCAGAACGAGGUUCCUAGCUUUUACACAUUCUACAAAUCUCCUUGGCUCAAUUCACGACGUCAAAGCAAUCACAGCUGCUGCACACGAAUAUCCGAACCUUUCUGUCUGUGUCGACGGAGUUGCUUAUGCCCCUCAUCGAGGCAUCGACAUGAAAGACUUGGGAGUUGACUUUUACUGUCUUUCAUGGUAUAAGGUCUUUGGACCCCACAUUUCCAUGCUAUACGGAAGUCGUGAGGCCCAGAAACAACUCAAACCUCUUGGUCAUUACUUCAACCCUGCUGAGACCCUGGCCGAUAAACUUGGUUUCGCCGCUGGGAGCUAUGAAUUGAUAGCGAGUAUUCCUACCGUGGUUGAUCACUUACUGAAGCAUGGCUGGGAGGAUAGCAUUAAGCAGGAGGGAGAGAUCCAGAAGAUGCUACUGAACUACCUAUCGAAACGAGACGACGUUACCAUCUAUGGCGAACCCAGUGCUAGUACGGAUCACCGAGUACCUAUCGUGAGCUUCACGGUUGAGGGGUGGGACUCGCGAAGUGUCGUGGCUGCCAUCGAAAGCAACUCAAGAUUUGGGUUGAAGCACGGUCACUUUUACUCCCAUCGCUUGGUCAAGGAGCUCCUCGACUUGGAUACCGCAGAUGGAGUUGUGCGAGUGAGCAUGGCACACUAUAAUACACGCGAGGAGAUCCAAGAAUUGAUCUCUACCUUGGAAGAAGUCAUCGUGAAGAAAACCCAUCUAUAG